AUGCUGAGCGCCAAGACCCCGCGCCUGCGCGGCGGGAGCAAGGGCCGCCGCCGCUUCACGCCCCCCGCCACCAAGGCGCAGGCAGCCGCCGCCGCCGCGGCCGGGAUCUCGCCGUCGGGAGAGCUCUCGCAGAAGCUCGAGCACGUCACCCUCUUCUCCUACUUCGACGACGACCGCCCCCCGGCCGCGCACAAGCCCUUCGAGGAGCUCCUGGACGACGAGUCCCACGGCUCGGCUCCCCCUCCACCUCCCCCUCCGCCGCCGCCCGUGGACGCGGACGUGGCCAUGGAAGACAGGGACUGCUGCAUCCUCAGCCAGGACUUCUUCUGUACCCCGGACUACCUCACUCCCCCCGCGCCGCAGCUGCCGAGCUGUUUCGAUGCCGAUAAGGAGAACAUCCCUUGCCCCCAAUCCCCAGAGAAGUCGGUCGCCCGGAGCAAGAGGUACAAGCGAGAUUGCUCCCCCAAAGACCGAUGCACGAGCCUCUUGGACUCGGAGGAGCAGGACAUUACCCCUGUCCAGUUUGGUCUGUGUCAGGAUGAUUCGGAGGAAGAACAGAUGGCGCAACCUACUUCGUAUAAGAGAGGCGGCUAUGUCCCUCGAUCGGCAAGAGUUCUGCGCUCUCAGGUGACGCCUCCACCGUGCAUCAGGAACCCCUAUAAUACGGAUCCUCGGAUAGAUGAUAACCUUUUCUGCGUGAGGCAACGGAAGUCAUCAGGGGCUUCCCCCUCUAUUGGUGCUGAUGGUCUUUCACGCUACCGUACUGAUUUCCAUGAACUCGAGCAAAUUGGAUAUGGAAACUUCAGUGUCGUGUUUAAAGUUUUGAGGAGGAUAGAGGGCUGCCUGUAUGCAGUAAAACGGAGCAACAAGCAGUUGCAUAAUGACAUGGACAGGAGGCUAGCAUUGAAGGAAGUUCAUACUUUGGUGGCCUUAGGUAACCAUGAGAACAUAGUUGGAUAUUUCACCUCUUGGUUUGAGGCCGACAAACUUUAUAUCCAGAUGGAACUGUGCGACCGCUGCCUAUCUUUGAAUGGAGACAAGCCGUUGGAGGUUGGGGAUGCUCUGGAUCUGCUGUAUCAGGUCUGCAAAGGUUUGGACUUCAUUCAUGGGCGUGGCAUAGCACACCUUGACGUGAAACCAGAUAACAUAUAUGUCAGGGAUGGUGUUUAUAAGCUUGGAGAUUUUGGUUGUGCUACACUUAUUGAUCGCAGUUUGGCAAUUGAAGAAGGAGAUUCUCGUUAUAUGCCUCCAGAAAUGUUGAGUGAUAAGUAUGAGCAUCUUGACAAGGUAGAUAUCUUUUCUCUCGGGGCAACUGUAUAUGAGCUUAUAAGAGGCACUCCGCUUCCUGAGUCUGGACUGGCAAGUCUCAGAGAGGGCAAAAUUGCAUUGCUUCCAGGACACCCAAUUCAGUUCCAGAGUCUCAUCAAGUCAAUGCUGGACCCUGAUCCUGUGAGGCGACCUUCUGCAAAGGAGAUCCUAAGACACUCCGUAUUCGAGAAGCUCCAUAAUGUCGCAGCAAAGAAGUAGAGUGUUGUGUCAGUUAUUCAGAUCCUAGCCGUAAGAGAGCAGGCAUGCAGCUGGGCUAGUGAAACAAAAUCAGCUGCUGCCGAAUUUUGUGCUUCAGUGAAAGAAGAGGCUCUCUGAGAACUCGCUACGGAUCAUGUUUUUGCCCUGAUCUGAUGUUUUGUAUAGGUACUGAGGGCUGUUAAGCUGUCAAAACCAUUUCUCGCUGAGAAAUCUAGCAAUGU